AGGAGGAGAGGGACUGGAGAGGGUUGCAUUGCAUGAAGAUCCGAUGAAAGAUAGCAGGAUAUUGCAAUAAGAGGGCAAGAGAGAGGGGUGGGGGCUGAAUGACGCUGAGUCGGGGCUAUUGAUCUCUCCCUCCCCUCUGUAUGGGGUCAGUAGUUUGAUCAGAGCGCGCGCAGGAUCACACAGAAGAGCCACACACGCGCUUUUGUAAAAUGAAGCGGUGCGUAUAGAGCCAUCCAACAGGACACUCGUCACCAAUCCGAUCCCGUCUGUUUCUAACCUGAUGACAGGAAAUAAUAAGAUUAUCCAGCAGGACAGGAGAGCGACACGUUAUAUCUCGGGAGAAAAGUAACUGGUGUGGAUUGAAAGAUGAUGGUGCGCUCGAGAUCAACGGAUCUGACCAUGAAUCCGUUCAGAAUCUCCGUGCUGAUGAUGUUCCUCUUCGCAUCUGUUCAUAUCUCGUGCCCAUCGCAGUUCCCCAGUCCGCUCAUGAUAAAAGAAUGGGUAGAUCAGCUGCAGCAGGAGCUGGUUUCUCUAGCAGACACAGCCAGCGCUGGGAAUAAUCUAAGACAGAUCUUUAUGGAUAAUCAGAAUUAUUUCACUGUGAAAACAAAUAAUGCGGCACAGCUUGUGGAAACAGCGGCACGGAAUAUAGAAAAUUUUUUGAAGAAGCGAGCCACAGCUCUAGAGACUUUGGCAAAGGCAGCAGAGAAUUUCCAAAUGGAGCAUCAAUGGAAAGAUGAAUUUGAAGAGGACGAUAUAGUUUACUAUAAUGCGAAGGAUAAUCUUGAAGCCAAUGAAACAGAAGGAAGGAAAAACCGGAUCAGACCUGAAUUUAAAGAAGACCCAUCAUUCAAAAACCGUCUCACCUCUUAUAACCAUACAGCUGUGCAUAUCCCCACUGACAUAUAUGACGGCUCUACCAUCGUGUUAAAUGAGCUGAACUGGAUUGAGCAGCGUUUACCCAGGAUGAUGGUAGAGCAGAGUGCUGGGUUUAUAUUGGACUUUUAUUUGACAUGUGAUUCAGCAUUUACAGCUGCAAUCCACUCACUAAAUGUCAGAACGUGGGAUGCCAUUUAUGAAGAAACACGUCUUGUUAGAUGUUCAGCUGCGAUAGUCACCAAUGAACAUCCUCAUUUGCACCAGGUUAUUUUCUCCAUUAAAGAGAAAAAUCAAAGCGAAAUUCUACUGGGGCCACCAAAGCCCUUUUUCCCCCACAUGUCGGCUCACUGCAGUCAAUAUGAACCACAAACCACCCCCCCACUGGACACAGAAACAGGUUUCUCGCUGAUGUGCUCACGACAGAGAUGUGACAAAUCAAAUGGAUUUUGGGAUCAGGGGUCACUCAUAUUUCCAUAUCCUGUCUCUGUCCAUUCAGCUUCCCCUUGGAUGGAUGCCAGGAAAACACCCAGUAAAAUCGACCUGUAUGAUGUGCGCCGGCGACCUUGGUAUGUUCAAGGUGCCGCUUCGCCCAAGGACAUGCUGAUUCUUGUUGAUGCGAGUGGAAGUGUGUCUGGACUGACCCUUAAAUUGAUCCGAACCUCUGUCAGUGAAAUGCUGGAGACACUUUCUGAUGAUGAUUAUGUCAAUGUUGUCCAUUUUAACACAAAAGUGAAUAACACAGCAUGUUUCGACCACCUGGUUCAAGCUAACGUUCGCAAUAAGAAGAUCUUAAAAGAUGCAACACACAACAUCACAACCAACUAUACCAAAGGCUUCGAAUUUGCCUUCAAUCAGCUGUCAAAUCAAAACAUCACCAGAGCAAACUGCAACAAGAUCAUAAUGUUGUUUACUGAUGGAGGCGAGGAGAGGGCAGAGGAGAUCUUUAGCAGAUACAACAUUGACAAAAAGGUACGUGUGUUCACAUUCUCUGUGGGUCAACACAACUAUGACACUGGGCCAAUAAAGUGGAUGGCCUGCGCUAAUAAAGGAUAUUUCUACGAAAUCCCUUCCAUUGGAGCCAUUCGCAUAAACACACAGGAGUAUCUAGAUGUUAUGGGCAGGCCGAUGGUCCUUGCAGAUGCCAAAGAGGUGCAGUGGACCAACGUGUACCUGGAUGCUCUGGAGUUGGGCCUCGUCGUCACUGGCACCCUACCUGUGUUCAACAAGACCAAAUCCAGGGAGGGCGGAUCUCGAAACCAGCAUCAGAACCAGUUGAUUUUAGGAGUGAUGGGGGUGGAUGUGUCUCUCGAUGAUAUCAAAAGACUGACGCCCCGCUUCACAAUUGGUCCUAAUGGAUAUUAUUUCGCAAUUGAUCCUAACGGUUACGUGCUGCUCCAUCCAAACCUGCAACCAAAGAACAGGAUUCAGAGCCGUCGCCGCAGGCUAAGUAAAAAGCUUGCUCUUACGUUCCCUGAGGAGCCUGUUACAUUGGAUUUUCUGGAUGCAGAGCUGGAAAAUGAUAUUAAAGUCCAGAUACGGACUCAGAUGAUUGACAGAAACACUGGGAAUAAAACAGUAGAAACGCUUGUUAAAUCUCAAGAUGAGAGAUACAUUGAUCGAGGAAUCAGGACGUACACCUGGGCACCGGUUAACGGGACAGACUACAGCCUGGCCUUGGUUUUGCCUGAAUACAGUCUGCAUUACAUCGAGGCAAACCUGGGGGACACUAUAAAACAAGCCAUGUCACAAUGGGGGAACAAGGCCUUUGAAACCAUUCAGCAGGAGAAAUUUGAGGAAUAUGGGUACACCUUUAUUGCACCCAGGGAAUACUGCAAGGACCUCAAAGUCUUAUCCAACAACACCCAAUUUUUGGUGGACUUCAAUGAGUACAUUGACAGGAAAACUCCAAAUGGUCCUCUGUGUAAUCUCACUCUUGUAAACCGGUUGCUGCUGGAUGCCGGUCUCACAGCAGACCUCGUCAAAGUCUGGAAGGAUCAGAAUGUAGAUGGAGUUUUGGCCCGGUUUGUGGCUACAGAUGGAGGCAUUACACGUGUGUAUCCUAAAAGUGCUGGGGAAGAAUGGGGUGAAAACUCUGAGACCUAUGACUCAAGUUUUUACAAAAGGAAUUUGGACAAUGACGUAUACAUCUUCACCGCCCCAUACAUCAACAAGAGCAGAGAGUCUGGUUAUGAGUCCGGUAUCCUUGUCAGUAAAGCAGUGGACUUGGACAUUAAUGGAGCAAAACUCAAACCUGCUGUGGUGGGAGUCAAACUCAACGUAUCGGCCUGGAUGAACAGCUUCAUAAAUGCUACCACCAAGAAAAAUUGCAAGGAUGAGAUCUGCGGGUGCCUCAGAAAUGAUAAGCAAGUGGACUGCGUGAUUCUGGAUGAUGGCGGCUUUCUGCUCAUGUCCAAUCAGGAUGAUUAUAUCACACAGAUAGGUCAGUUCUUUGGUGAAGUGGACCCUGUUCUGAUGAUCACUCUGGUCAACAGCUCACUGUUCUCCUUUAAUAAAACCUACGACUACCAAUCCGUCUGCGACCCGGAGAGAGAAACUAAAGCUGCUGCCGGACCCCGUUCUAUAUACGUGCCAACAAUCGCAGAUAUGCUGACUGUAGGCUGGUGGGCCUCCACUGCGGUCUGGUCAGUUCUGCAGCAGCUACUUCUCAGUCUGACCCUCCCAAAUGUAGUGGGAACAGUGUACUCUGAGGAUGACCUCUCGGAUGCAUUCUCCAAAGAGAGCUGUAUCACCGAACAGACUCAGUAUUUCUUUGAGAACGAGAACAAAUCUUUCUCUGGAGCUAUGGACUGUGGAAACUGCUCCAGAAUGUACCGGGCGGAGAAGCUCCCAAACACGAAUUUGGUAUUUUUGAUCUCUGAUGCAAAGAGUUCCUGCCUCUCCUGCGAUCCCAAACCACUGAGACAAGCCGAACAGCCCUCUACUGGUCCUGAUCCAUGUGUGCUGGCCCAGAACCCUCGGUACAGGAAAGGACCAGAAGUCUGCUUUGACAACAAUGCAGAUGAUGAGUCUUUGUGUCCAAUCAGUGGCUCUUCUUCUUUGACCUAUUACCUGUCCUUCAUUUUGCUGCUGUUUCUGCUUUGUGUUUGAUGGAGGACGCGACUGACUGUGGUGGUGGCUGCAGUUUGAGUCCGUCUCUCUGGCCGAUGUUGGGUCUUCAGCUCCUUCUACUCUGGCUGCUUACUGGAACCAGAACCUAUUUGUCCUGACCAGAGC